AAACAAUGACUAAUUUAACUGUUGGGGACUCCAGAGUUUUAAUACUGGAAAACACUCACUGUUUUCCAUUAACCUUGAUAUUUGUUUUAUCUUGUUCCAUAAAUGUAAACCAACUAGCUAGCUAGCCCAUUCUGUGAAAAGCCCCAGACGCAACAAGCACAGAAACCAAAAGCUCAUAACACAGAAAACAGAAAACUCUGUUUCUGAAACAGAGUAAUGGGAAUGGGGGAUACAUUUGAGUACAAUUACCAAAACAACUCCUGUUCAUCUUCAGCUCCUGCUUCUUCGGUAACAGUCGCACAGCCUCAUUCGUCCACGGACGAUAUCUCACUGUUUCUGCAGCAAAUUCUGGUGCGUUCUUCUUCUUUGAGCGGACAGCAGUUCUUGUUUUCGUCUUCACCUGCUGGUUAUACUCUGCCGGAAAAUCUCGGCCAUCAGAGCAACAACAGUUUCGUGGGAAGCGGGAUCAGGGGCGUUGAUGGCUCUACGGCGGUUGUGACGGGCAGUGGUCCAAAUGUGUCUUCGUCUUCAGUUGGAGCUAGUGAGAAUGAGGCCGACGAUUAUGAUUGUGAAAGCGAGGAGGGUCUUGAAGCGUUGGUAGAAGAGGCAGCAGUGAAAUCCGGUGGUAGAAGUUCUUCAAAGAGAAGUAGAGCUGCAGAAGUUCAUAAUUUGUCUGAAAAGAGGAGGAGGAGUAGGAUUAAUGAGAAAAUGAAGGCAUUGCAGAAUCUCAUCCCAAAUUCUAAUAAGACAGACAAGGCUUCAAUGCUUGAUGAAGCCAUUGAGUAUCUUAAACAGCUCCAGCUUCAAGUACAGAUGUUGUCAAUGAGAAAUGGUAUGAGUUUGCAUCCCAUGUGCCUACCUGGAGCGUCGCAACUGUCACAAAUAAGAAUGGAAUUUGGUGGAGAGGAAAAUAGGCAUGGGCCUUUGAACAUGUCAGGAACACUGAAUAUGAACCAGGAACCCUCAACACAAAAUUUGUACAAUCCAAACCAGUCGUAUGUACCAGAUAUGUCAAAUGUAGUCAAUUCAGAAAACGCAUUUGGGUUGGAAUCAUCUAUUCAGGCUCACUUCGGGCCCUUUCCGCUCCCAAACUCAUCUAAGGGAAUCUGCAGGGAUGAACUCUUGCAGCAUCAACCAAUUAGUGUAAAUCAUUCGGAGACUAAUCCUCUAGAAUUUGAAGUGGGAGCUACAGCUGAAGUUUCACUUCCCUUUAAUGCUCAAAUAUCUGAUCUGAAGAGCAAUGGUUCCCUGGAAACAUGUGUCAUGGGAAGAGACCGGCGAGAAAGCAGGCCCUUGAAAUCGAUAGAACAACAUCUUCAUCUUGACAGGCACUUUACACUUUAGGAUUAACAAGAUGUUAAUUUGUAUAUCCUUACUUUGCAUAUACUGAUGAAUAUAGCUUGCAUUGCACAGGAAUAUGAGUCCUAAUUGAUAAGAUGAGGACUGCACUAAGGACCUUAUGAUUCAAGCAAGCUUGGUUGCUCAACAUUUUGGAUUUGGUGUAGCCACAAGCUCACAAGUACUUAGUGAUCGACAGCUUCUGCAAUUCUUGAAAUUGUUCAAAGAUUCAAUUUCAUGAACUCGCCAAGGCUCGUUACCUUGUAGAAAUGGUUGAAACUGGGGAUGAUGUUUGUAAAACUUUAUAUAUUUCUUUUAUUCCGGUUCUCUUACUGAGAAAGUGGGCAUUGUUCUUCACUGUAUGACAGUCUUGUGUACAAUUAUCAAUGCCAUCUAU